AGAAAAAAAAUUACGCACCACAUACCACAAGUGAUACGUAGCAGUGAACGCCCACUGAAAAAAGCUAUAACGUAAAAAAAAAGGUGCAAAAUAAAAAGCCGACUGCACCUGUAGAACGAAACCAGUGUAACCAGUUUAAAAUGCGUUACUCUGUCGUGGACAGUAGUAUGUGUCUUUUGACGUCUUGACUAAGGUCAAUGGAAACUAGUGGAUGGAGUCCAUUUCGUCUGUCUUGGCCGUUCUAUCGUCUUAUUUAUCCGGACACCAAUACGUACAGGAUACGAACGACCUCGUCUGUUCCUAACAUAGAAUUUGUAACGCUUGAUUAGAGCUGAUGCGUUUGGUAGUGGCGUUACCUGUGUCCGCUAUUUCGUGUGUGUCUCUGUUUAAGGACCUUCUCCCGGAAUAGCUUUCUGCUGUUUCAAUAGUGUGAUCUACCGACUCGUGCAGCAUCAUGAACGUCAAGAAACCGCACGUUUUACGUAACCUGAGUGAAGUCCCAUCAGUGCUGGCAUUUUCUCAAACUGCCCCCGACGCAGAUGAUUUCGGUGGAUCCAUUCGUAUACUUUUAAGAUGGAAGGGUAGCAUUUACAAGACGAUAUGGAAAGAUUUGUUGGUCUAUUACGGACUCUACUAUUUAAUCACAAUCAUACACAACUAUCUUCUCGAUGAAAGCGGCAAAAUAGCAUUUGAGGCGUUGGCGAAGUAUUGCUUAAAAAAUUCCAAUUCCAUUAACGUGAUGAUAAUGCUAACGUUCUUUACGACAACCGCCAUGCAUCGUCUUUUUGCCAUGCAAACUAUGAUUCCUGGGACAGCCAAAGUUAUCACAUUUUUUAUCCUGUCAAUCAAGCCAAAUUUGCCUGAAGGUCCAAUCGUUGUGGAACGAUUUGCACGUUGGACAGUGCUUGCAUGGAUACUCACUUUUCGUACCGUGAGUAAACCAUUACGUACCAUGUUUCCCGAUAUUCUUUCACUUCAACUAGCCGGAAUCAUCAAAGAGAAAGAAAGAUUGCUUUUAGAGAGAGUGGAAACCGAACGGAAUAAAACGCCACGCGCCUUAAUGGUCAUUGACUGGAUGCUUUUGUUAAUGAAAGACUGUUUCAUACAAAACCGAUAUGCAGAGAAAUCCAAUUACCUUAAAGUUAUUGAAGUGGUUAUGGCCUUCAAGAAAGGCUGCGGCAACACAAUUAAAUUUGCAACAAAGAACAUGCCGUACGCCCUCAUUCAGGCUGUAAUGAUUGUGGUGUACACUUACGGCUUUGUAACGUUGAUGGCUCGUAAUGUUGAAGAAGCCAGUACCUGUUCAUUCAUGGAAGUAAUCGUUAAUUACGUCCCAGUAAUUCCCAGUAUGCAGUUUUUCGUCUUCCUCGUUUGGCUUAAUUUUGGUCGAGUCGCCGUAAAUCCGUUUGGAACUGAUGACGACGAUAUUGACGUUACACUUUUAUUUCAAACUCACGUCCAGGAUUGUUUUCGAUUGGCGAAUCUCUAUUCUCAGGAUUUGGAACACAUCUUUGGCCAAAUGCCUCGGCACCAACAUAAUCAAGAACCGUCACCCCAAAGUGCUGCCCCUAUGUAAAACCUUUAGACGAUUGUGGAGUAAAUGCGAGACGGGCUAUUAGCAUGUACAUAAGCCAACGUGAAUGAAAAAUGUAUACUUGUUUUUGCGUACGAUCUUGUCAUCAAUCUAGAUGUGGUCGAGCAGUCGAUACAUGGUGGAGCAGCUUUGAAUUUCUAUACAAGCAUAUUUUAAACACUUCCGGGCCUAAAAUACG